GUACUAUUUUUCUUUUUUUUUUUUCGACAAUUUUCUUGCCAAGGGUAGCAACGAUAGAAUAUGACAACAGAACAGGACAAGGCUACUUCAUUAAAAGAUAUGAAAGCCUUUGAGAAAUGGCGUAAAUCGUUGCAAUACAUUACUGGUUUAGGCAUGACUCAAGAGGAACAAAAGCAUUUUCGAGGUCUCAUGCAAAAAGAAUUGGAGGAAUACCAGUGCAACAAGUGUGAAGUAUGGAAAGAGAACUUAUUAAAGAACAGUCCACCUGUCAGAUUUAUGGUCGAUGAACUUAAAAAGAUAAAAAAGGAAGUGACCAAGGAUGACUUUCUUUGCCUUCCUUGCGAUGAAACAAGAUCAGGAGGAUUCUCACCUACAGCCAUUAUAUUAUGUUAUAAUAGACUACCAGAAAAAAAGAUGCAAGAGCAUACGAUGGUGCAUGAGAUGGUGCACAUGUAUGAUAAUACCAAAUUUAAGGUUGAUUGGACCAAUCUAAAGCAUCAAGCUUGCAGUGAAAUUAGAGCAGCUAGUCUGAGUGGAGACUGUAAAUGGACAAGAGAGAUCAGAAGAGGAUUCUUUAGAUUUACAAAGCAACAUCAGGAAUGUGUGAAAAGAAGAGCUGUUCUCUCAGUGCAGCAGAAUCCUAACUGUAGUAGUAAAGAAGAAGCUGAGCGAGCAGUUUUGAGUGUAUUUGAUAGUUGUUUUGCUGACACUAGACCUUUUGAUGAAAUUUAUUAAACUUAGAGCAUCCUUUUCCUUUUUUCCUUUUCUCCUGCUUUUUUUAUUGCCUACAGCUGAGUCGCAUUUAAGCUUGAGUCAGUCCGCCAGAUUCAUUGUGGACUUGAGCACAGUCUUUUCAGAAUGUACAGUCGCAUUUUUGCAAUUUUUAUA